AUGGCAUAUGGUUCGGCAGCUGAUGCGGUUGACGAAUACCUCCGACUUGUUGAAACCACAACGUUCUCAUGCUUGGAUCAUUUUGUUGAUACCAUCAUAAAUUGUUUUGGAGAUGAGUACUUACGAAGACCGACACCAGAAGAUCUUCAACGUCUACUCGAUAUUGGAGAGUUCCGCAGAUUUUCGGGGAUGAUAGGAAGCAUCGAUUGUACAUUAAACGAUAUAAAUAUUCUUGAUCGUUCUCCUGUUUUUGAUGAUAUUUUAAACGGUCGAGCUCCGAAAGUUAAAUACAGUGUCAACGGACACCAGUACAAGUUGGCAUACUAUCUCACAGAUGGUAUUUAUCCAAAAUGGUCUACUUUUAUCAAAUCUAUUCCACUACCGCAAACUCCAAAAUACUCUUUCUUUGCUACACAUCAAGAAGCUGCACGUAAAGAUGUCGAGCGUGCUUUUGGAGUUUUGCAGGCUCGAUUUGCCAUACUCAAAAAUCCGGCUCUUUUUUGGGAUAAGAAUAAAAUUGAAAAUAUAAUGAUAGUGUGUAUCAUACUGCACAAUAUGGUCGUAGAAAACGAACGAGAUGGAUACACUCUGUUUGAUCCAUCUGAAUUCACACACAUGGAGUCCAACCAAACUUCAGAAGUGGACUUCACUGUACCAACAACCAAGCCUUCAUGUGUCUCCAUUAUGAUGAAAAUUCGUUUGUAUGUUCGUGAUCGAGAUAAACAUAAACAGUUACAAGAUGAUUUGGUUGAGAAUAUUUGGACAAAAUUUGGAGAAUACCAUUAA